GGCCUUUGGGGCAGAUCCGGGGAAUGAACGAGCGCCUCAUUACGCCUUGAAGCCAUUGGUACGUUUCCCCACACCACAUCACACCGCAUCACCUCAUCUAUUCCUCCCGCUCCCGCGCCCGCGAUCGACCUUAGCCCGUCACAAUGGCAUCGAAGCUCAGCUUGCUCUCUACUUUUCCUCUGCCCAACUCCCCUCACAAGAUCCCGCGCAUCGGCUUCGGUGUUUACCAAUCCCCGCCUCCAACCUGCGUAAACUCCUGCCUCAAGGCCUUCCGCGCCGGAUACCGUCACAUCGACACUGCGCAGUACUACGGCAACGAGGCCUCUGUCGGGCGCGCAAUCCGCGAAUCCAAUAUACCCCGCUCGGAGCUCUUCAUAACGUCCAAGAUCCUCUACCCCAGCAACGAUGUCGACUCAACGUAUAAGAUGAUCGAGGAGAGCGUCAAGAGGCUGGGCGGCGAGGAUGGAUACGUGGACCUCUUCUUGAUACACAGUCCUAACGGCGGGAAGGAGAGCAGGAGGCUGAUGUGGCUCGCGCUGGAGAAGGCUAAGCAGGCGGGCAAGGUGAGGGAUAUUGGAGUCAGCAAUUACGGAAUUGGGCAUAUCGAGGAGAUCAAGUCGAUUGGCACAAUCUGGCCGCCAGCCGUCAACCAGAUUGAGCUUCACCCCUGGUGUCAACAGCGCGAGAUCGUCGAAUACUGCCAGAAGAGCUCGAUCGUCAUCGAAGCCUACUGCCCACUCGUUCGGAACCAGAAGGCGCACGACAAGACCUUAAACGGAAUCGCACAGAAACACAGGAAGCAAACGGGCCAGAUCCUCAUUCGGUAUUGUUUGCAAAAGGGAUGGGUGCCCCUUCCGAGGAGCGACACGCCCGCCAGGAUCGUCUCUAAUACGGACGUCUACGGUUUUGAGCUCGACGAUGAGGAUAUGGGCGCUUUGGACAGUCUAGAUCAGGGGAAGAAAGGCGCGCUUGUACAGGCUGUUAACAACUCGUGAGCGGAGACACUGGGGAUCCCAAAUUUUGUUUAGUCAAUUCGGAACCGAUAGCGCUCAGAGAGUGCGGGUUUGCAGCUACGGUUCCCUGGGCGUGUGGGAGGGCACCAGGGUUCGCACAUUCUUAUAAGACUACGAGCAUGGGAUCAUCCCAUUUCAUUCCCUUCACAUAUCUUUCUGGAUGCUAAUAUAGCCCUCAUAUAGGCGAUCUUCGUGUCUGUCUCCACCCCGAGGCGCAUCACCAUACAUCAUUAACUCAUCUCAGCG